GCUCGGGGAGGUUAAGCUCCAAUCAGCACCUGCGCUUGCAGAAGGGAGGAGAUGCUCCAGAAGGGGGGGAGAAAGAGAUUUUUUUUCUCCCCCUCUUCCUUUUUUUGCUUCUUUCUCUCUCUUUCCCCCCUCCCCUUUCCUCCUUUUUUCCCCCCCUGUAAACCACGUUGAGUUUGUCUGUUGCGCUAAUUAAUUUUUCCCAAAGCCUGGGAGGGCUCCGCCGAGCGUCCGGGAUCCCGCGGCUCCGGCUUCCACCGACGGCGGCUCGUCCUCCGCCUCUCCUCCUUGCGCCGCACCGUCCGCUUUCUGGGGGCCCCCUUCGCCGGCCAUAAAAUGUUUGACGGCUCCUUCCUGCCUCUUAUAUCCCCUCUUCUGCUCCUGAUCCUCCUUUGCGGACCGGGCAUGCCUACAGCUGGUGAAGAGCUAGCCGUGGUGAUCCCAGAGCAGGUGCCCCUUGAUAGAAUCCAUUUCGUGACAACGGGAGAGGACACGCUGGAAGAGGGCCAAGGGUGGCGGUUUUUGCCCUCGAAACCUGAAGAGGAAGCUGAGGCCAUGAUCAUCCACCUUCCGGAAGGCAUUAGUGCCGAUCUGGGCACCAACCUCUACUUGAAUCUUCACCGAAAUGUGCAGUUUUUGGCCCCGGGUUUCUUGGUGGAGGAGAUCGGGGAGGGCCAAAGCAGCCAUCGAGUGGACGUGGAUCGGCAUUGCUUCUACACAGGCCACGUGGUGAACCACAGCUCGGACUCGUUCGCUUCUCUGAGUGUCUGCAGCGGGCUGGUGGGGUAUAUCCAGAUCGGAUCAGAACAGAUACAGAUCCAUCCGGUGAACGGUUCCGAGAUCUCGUUUGACAGGAAGGAGCACUUCAUCAGGCGCACUCGAUUCACCAGAUCGGCCCUCCCUGCUGUGUUGAAGGUCCCUGUGGAGCCCUGCAAAGUGGUAGCAGAAAAGAAGAGACAAAAAAAGACAAAGCUUACCAAUGACUGGCGGGAACGGAGGAAUGCUAUUCGGCUCACCAACGAAUACACUGUGGAAACACUGGUGGUGGCAGAUUCUGAUAUGGUCCAGUACCAUGGGGCUGAUGCUGCUCAAAGAUUCAUUCUCACCGUGAUGAACAUGGUGUACAACAUGUUCCAACAUCAGAGCCUGGGCGUUAAAGUCAAUAUUCGAGUGACUAAGCUCGUCCUGCUUCGAAGACGUCCUGCCAAGUUGUCCAUUGGUCACCACGGAGAGAGGUCCCUGGAGAGCUUUUGCCACUGGCAAAAUGAAGAGUUUGGUGGUGCAAAGUACCUCGGAAAUAAUCAGGUUCCUGGAGCACGAGAUGACACACCUCCAGUGGAUGCUGCUGUCUUUGUCACCAGGACAGAUUUUUGUGUCCAUAAAGAUGAGCCAUGUGAUACUGUGGGGAUUGCCUAUCUUGGGGGUAUAUGCAGCUCAAAGAGGAAAUGUGUUCUUGCAGAAGACAAUGGGCUGAAUCUGGCCUUCACCAUUGCUCAUGAACUUGGACACAACAUGGGGAUGAGCCAUGACGAUGACCACGCAUCCUGUGCUGGGAGAUCACACAUCAUGUCCGGAGAAUGGGUGAAGGGUAGGAAUCCCAGUGACCUCUCCUGGUCUUCCUGCAGUCGUGAUGACCUUGAAAAAUUUCUCAAGUCCAAGGUUAGCACUUGCCUGCUGGUGACAGACCCACGGAGCCGAUAUGCCGUGCGGCUUCCUUACAAACUUCCUGGGAUGCACUACAGCGCGGAUGAGCAGUGUCAGAUCCUCUUUGGAACCAAUGCAACCUUCUGCAAGAAUAUGGAGCAUUUGAUGUGUGCUGGUCUGUGGUGCCUUGUGGAAGGAGAAGCAUCUUGUAAAACCAAACUGGACCCCCCAUUGGAUGGCACAGAAUGUGGGGCAGACAAGUGGUGCCGAACUGGGGAGUGUGUCAGCAAAACUCCCAUCCCUGAACAUGUUGAUGGAGACUGGAGCAUGUGGAGUCCCUGGAGCAUGUGUAGCCGAACAUGCGGGACUGGUGCCAGAUUCCGGCAACGCAAAUGUGACAAUCCACCUCCAGGGCCUGGUGGCAAAAACUGCCGGGGAGCAAAUGUUGAACACACCGCUUGUGAAAACCUGCCCUGCCCCAAAGGGGUGCCCACAUUUCGAGAUCAGCAGUGCCAAUCCCACGACAGAUACGGCAACAAGAAGAAAAGCCUUUGGACUGCUGUCAUCAUGGAUGAUAAGCCCUGUGAGCUUUAUUGCUCUCCCUUUGGAAAGGAAUCCCCCGUGUUGAUAUCAGACAGGGUGGUUGAUGGGACACCAUGUGGGCCUUACGAAACUGAUCUCUGCGUUCAUGGCAAGUGCCAGAAAAUUGGCUGUGAUGGGAUCAUUGGCUCAUCUGCCAAAGAGGACCGUUGCGGUGUCUGUAAUGGAGAUGGGAAAACCUGCAAAGUAGUGAAAGGAGAUUUCAACCAUACCAAAGGGAUGGUAUCCCAUAGUCAAUGUAAGAAGGUGUCCACGUGUGUGAUGGCAAAGGCAAAGGCUGUUCCCAAGUGUUUCUCGUGCUAUAUUGAAGCGACUGUUAUUCCCGCUGGGGCCCGACGCAUCCGUGUGAUGGAGGAUAAGCCCGCCCACAGUUUUCUUGCUUUGAAAGAUUCCACUAAGAAAUCCAUUAAUAGUGACUGGAAAAUUGAACUUCCUGGUGAAUUUCAGAUCGCAGGGACUAUUGUCCGGUAUGUGCGGAGAGGUCUGUGGGAGAAAAUCUCAGCCAAAGGACCAACUAAAAUACCACUUCAUCUGAUGGUACUGUUAUUCCAUGACCAGAACUAUGGUAUCCACUAUGAAUACACCAUCCCUGUGAACUACUCUGUUGAAAAUAGAAGUGAGCCAGAACACCAGCAGGACUCCUUGUACAUAUGGACCCACAGUGGGUGGGAAGGCUGUAGUGUACAGUGCGGAGGAGGAGAACGUAAAACCAUUGUUUCCUGCACCCAAAUAGUUAACAAGACCAUGAUGUUGGUGAAUGAUAGCGCUUGUCAGCGGGUAACCCGUCCUGAGUCCCAGGUUCGAAGGUGUAACAUGCAUCCUUGCCAGUCAAGGUGGGUGGCAGGGCAGUGGAGCCCUUGCUCUGCAACCUGUACCAAAGGCAUCCAGCAUCGCGAAGUGGCCUGCGUCUAUCAGCUGCAAAAUGGCACCUAUGUCAACACGAGAGACCUCUACUGCCUUGGCCCGAAACCAACCGCAGUCCAGAGCUGUGAGGGCCGAGAUUGCCUUUCCAUCUGGGAAGCAUCAGAAUGGUCUAAGUGUUCGUCCAACUGUGGACGGGGGAAGCAAAAGAGAAUGGUAACGUGCACCAACUCCCAAAGGAAGUGCGACGCAGCCACAAGGCCACGGGAUGAGGAGGAAUGUGAGGAUCAUACGGGCUGUUACGAGUGGAAAACAGGAGACUGGUCCAAGUGCUCCUCAACAUGUGGCAAAGGGCUUCAGUCCCGCGUGGUGCAGUGCAUGCACAAGGUCACCGGACGCCAUGGGAACGAGUGCCCCGUCCUCUCCAAGCCUGCAGCCUACCGACAAUGCCACCAGGAGGCCUGCAACGAGAAAAUAAACGUCAACACAAUUACCUCUCCAAGACUGGCCGCUCUGACGUACAAGUGCACAGGAGAUCAGUGGACAGUUUAUUGCCGGGUGAUUCGGGAGAAAAACCUCUGCCAGGACAUGAGGUGGUACCAGCGCUGUUGCCAGACCUGCAGAGACUUCUACGCAAGCAAGAUGCAACAGAAGAGUUAAUGAAACCUGCCUUUGCUCCCUAGGUUUCAGAACUUCUUUGAAAGAAAGAAAGAAAAAUUGAAAGAAAGUGGAACCAAUGAAACAAAAUGUAAUUUCUCUGAGUUGCUAUGAAACACCAAUGCCAAUUGCCUUUCGCAGCUCAAGCCAUAUGGAAAGUGAAGCUGUGAGCAGCCUGAAGCAUUUCCAUUUUCCAUGAUGCAUCCCACCAAAAUGACUGUCCAUGAUGGAAGGCGGCUUUAAUGCAAAGGAUUAAGUGAUUAACCAGCAAAUCGUUAAGUAACAUCCGUCACCGGUUGCCUACGAUGACACAUGCUUGGAAACCAAGAAGAUAUUCUUUCCACCACAACUUAGCUGCUCGCAGUCAGACAUUCAGAUGUCUCGAAUCCAGAAAUCAGACAGGCCCCUGCCCAAAUUCACUUCUACCGUUUGUAACAAUAUGUGGAAGUGCCACCAAAUUUACAUUUCACCCAUAUAAUGCUGUAACUGGAACUGAUCAACAAUGGAAACUGGAAGCUUUGAAAUCCUUCUGAUGGGACAAAUGCUGUGGAAGAAAUGAGGUUUAACAGGGCAUGAAGCUGGGGCAGUACCAACUGUUCCAAUGUAGAGCAAAAGCUAAUGGUGCUUUAAGAAAAUUCAGGGCAAGCCCAAAACCUUGCUCCAGGCAAUAGGAAUGUUUGCAAUAAAUGGAGUAAGAGGAGUUUGUUCACUCUCCGGAUUCCAAUGGUGCUAACCUCCUACUCCUAAAUUAUCAGGUUCUAGUGGGAAAAGGGUAUUCUGUGACUCUUCACCUCAGAGAACGUCUGUCUGUCUAGGAAUACAGGGGUGAAUGUUGCACAACUGUGGUCCCAAUAGUGAGUCUACUCAUGUCAAGACUGUGUUUCGUUUCUUGCUAGCAUGCCUGUAACCAACAACAUCCAAAGAAAGCUUCUAUGGAUCUAUUUCAGAAACAAAACCAACUGUAUUUCAAUAUUUAGCAGUAUGUGUAACUUCCACCAAUUUCAGUUCAACACUGAGCAAUACAUUCUAGCUAAACAAGUAAAUAAAACAAACUUGUUUAGGACCCAUUGCACAGCAAUGUACUGGACUCUGCCAGGAGACCUGGGUUCAAAGAUUCCCUCUCAGCCCAGAGGUUCACUUGACAAACCUUAUACAAACCAUUCCCCUACCUGGUAGGAAAUCUUGGUUAUAUAUCUGAUAAAAGGAACAAGAGUGGUCUAAAUUUCUCUGUUAUGUCUAUUGUUGAAAUCAGUUCAUUGUUGAAACCACAGCUUGUCCCUGUAUUUGCAGUUUGUUUGCGUUUAAUACCAGUGCUCUUUUCAAAUCUUUGCACAAGAGUUCUGUACCAUAAAAAGGGCUCGUUCGGCUAGGGAAGCGUGAGAGGAAUCCCUGAAGUGGCUUCAGAGCCCCGUGUGGAAGGCUUUGCUCUUUUCUAGCUUUGAGCUUAGGCAGUCAAACCCUCUCCAGAGAUAUUGGGGACAGGGAUGUGGGACAGAGAAUAGGUAAAGGUGGAAGCACCGACUUCUGAACGGUCGAAAAGGAACACCAAAAAUGGAAGGACCGGCUACAUAGGUCCUUGGUUUAACCCAGAAGGCUCUUUGCCACUUCAGCAUAGAUGAAGACAGCUGGCAUGCACCUCCCACCGCUGCUCACCACUGGCUAUGCUGCUUAUGGCUAAUGAGAGUUGGAGUCCAAAAACAUCUGGAGGGCCAUAUUUGACCCACCCCAUGCUUUAAAGCAUAUAUUGAUUGUACCCAAGGGGGCAUUUUAAGAACCAUUUCUAAGAAGGUACCAGGGCAAAGUGAAAAGAAAUAUUGAGUUUUAUCAGAAAUAUCCUUAGCCUACUGCAAGUUCUUUGGCACUCUUUGGAAAAAGAAGCAAAAGAAGAAUUUCAGGACUGCUUCCACUUCCCAAGCCAGUCAAAUUACACAAGUGUCCCAUAAGACUGACAACUUUCUGUAGCUGAUGGAAGAUCAGGGUUGUGACUUGGACAGAUGGUGUCCAUAACUAGUGGAGGCUCUCUUGCAGAUUGUAUCCAUAUGCAAACAUCACGAAUGACUCGGGCUCCCAUUGCUUCUCAUCAGUCAGCCCAAGAGAACUUUCCCUGCAAGCCAGACGGUUGAACAAUAUUCAUACUGGUGAAUGGUGUAUCUUCAACAGACAUUUCUCCAUCGCUACUAAUGUUCCCACUGAGGAACUCCUGAUCUGUUUCUGAAGGAGUCUGAAGUUCCCCGAACACCACUAGAUUAUAGCAAUGCUUUUCCUUCAUACUGGGGGCAGGGGGAGGAACAGACACCCGUUGGUUUCAGGGUAGCUACGGUAAUGUCUUUGGUUUGUUCACUUUGAGCCCAGCACUGCUGGAUUACAGUCAUGGUCAUUUCCAUUUUGUAAAAUUAUAUUCCAUGUACUGUUCAUAAAAGUGCCUUACAUUGGUAAUUGCACAAUUUUUGUCACAUACAGAGGGGAAACUCUCGCUAUCGUAUGGUGCUCUCGUUUCUUUUGUCUGUGGUUUUAAAAACUUUCUUUGCAGUAUUGUAUUCUAAUACAAGGCAGUAAUACAAUGUUGUUUUUCAAUACAGAGUUUAAAAAGUGUAUAUAUUUUUUCAUCAUUUAACUUGCAUAUGAACCCCCUUCUCUUGGUUGAAAAAGCCUAGUCAGGCAUGUUGAACCAUUUGUAAAUUAAAAGAGAUCAUUCUACUUUGAGGUUAAAAAAGGUUUGGUGUGUUAAUCAUCAUCAUCCUUAUCAUCUCAUGCACAAAUUCUUAUCUCCCAAUGUUUAGGCUUAAUAUUUGGGUCUGCCCCCAUCCACCAGCAAUGCUGAGAAAUAAGAAGUGCAAUAUAGCAGCAAUCAUAAUAAAAACAGUAUUUUUUUUCGUAAUGAUUUUAACAAGAGUUG